AAUAACGGAACUGGCGCAAGAAACCACCCGCCCGCCCGCCUCCAACCGCGCUUAAAUGCGCGCCUUUCUUCUUCCUCCGAGUUAAACCCUCGCGGGCGCCUCCGUCACUCUUACAAAAAGCAGGCAGCUUCCCCCCUGCGCCUCAGCUACUAGCUAAGCUAGCUGUACGCAGCCAGCUACAGCUGAGAGCCUGCGGCCGCCGUCGGUUGUGCUUGCUGACGGCUGCCGAGGUCGAGAGAGAUCAUCAGGAGCCGGCCGGGGAGCAAUGCACAUUGCCACCUGCGUGUGGCAAGAGAAGGCGGCGGCAGCGGCGGCGGCGGCCAUGGGGGCAGGAGGAGGCGGUGGUGUUGGUGCUGGGAAGAAGGGGGAGCGGGUGUCGGUGGCGGCGCUGGUGGCGGCGGCGGGCGGCGCGCUCAACUGCGCGGUGAGCUUGGUGGUGUUCUCGGUGCUGGACGUGCUGGACGUGGUGCUGUGCCUGGUGUACAAGCUCGUGGACUACGCCGUGGAGGCGGAGUGGAAGGCGUGCUACUGCACCGCGGCGGCGCGUGACGGCGCCGGCCCGCGGAUCCUCGUGCCCCCAGAGGCGGCCGCGGCGGCGCCGGGGCCCAAGGUGGUGCGGCUGUCGGCGUCGUCGGCCAAGAUGCAGCUGGAGGACGUGUCCGACACGCUGUACGUGCGGCCGUCUCUGCUUGCCGACGCCACCAGGAAGGGCGCCGGCCCCGCCGCGCCGGCGCUCACCGUCAGCCCCGCAAUCGCCGAGAUGAUCCGCGGCAAGAUGGACCGCCCCCCGCGCCCGCCCCGGCAGGCCCCGUGCUGGUCCGACUGUGACUGCAAGGUCUGCCACGCGUGGAGCGCCGCGCCACGCUCGGCGUCCCACCUCUACGUCCACGUGCAGGCGCCGCCGCCGGGGGCGCCGGCAGCGGAGGGGGUGGCGGUGGAGGACGUGGUGUUCAUCCACGGUUUCAUCUCGUCGUCGGUGUUCUGGACGGAGACGGUGUUCCCGGCGUUCAGCGCGGCGGCGCGGGGUCGGUACCGGAUGUUCGCGGUGGACCUGCUGGGGUUCGGUCGGAGCCCCAAGCCGGCGGAGUCGCUCUACACGCUGCGGGAGCACGUGGAGAUGAUCGAGCGCUCCGUGCUGCAGCGCUACCGCCUCGGGUCCUUCCACGUCGUCGCCCACUCGCUGGGAUCCGUGCUCGCCCUCGCACUCGCCGUCAAGUACCCCGACGCCGUCAAGUCGCUCACCCUCCUCGCGCCGCCGUACUUCCCGGUGCCGGAGUCGGAGGCGGGCGCGGCGACGCAGUACGUGAUGCGGCGGGUGGCGCCGCGGCGGGUGUGGCCGCCGAUCGCGUUCGGGGCGUCCAUGGCGUGCUGGUACGAGCACGUGAGCCGCACCAUCUGCCUCACCAUCUGCCGGCACCACCGCGUCUGGGACAGACUCUUCAGGAUCCUCACCAGGAACAGGGUGCGGACGUUCCUGAUCGAGGCGUUCAUGUGCCACACCCACAACGCGGCGUGGCACACCCUCCACAACAUCAUCUGCGGCAGCGCCGCCCGGAUGGACGCCUACCUCGACGUCCUCUCGUCGGAGCUCUCCUGCAAGGUGUCCAUCUUCCACGGCCGCGACGACGAGCUGCUCCCCGUCGAGUGCACGCUGGCCGUCGGCGCCCGGGUGCCCCGCGCCCGCGUCACCGUCUACGACCGCAAGGACCACAUCACCAUCAUCGUCGGGCAGGAGGAGCUCUUCGCCGCCGAGCUCGAGGCCAUCUGGAGGAGCGCCGCCGCCGAGUAGCUAAAGCUAAAGCUAGCUAGCUUGCAAUUGCAGUCACCCUGUGCUUCCUGCUUCUUGGACAUGUAUCGUCGUCGUUUACAUACAGCUGGUUAUCAUCUGGUAUACUGAUCCGUCGUCGUCCGACAACAAUGCACAGAAACGGGAGACGAAGAUCGAGCGAGGUCGAUUAAUGGCCUGUAAAGAACAAAGAUGCAAUAACGUUAAUGUUUUACCCUUGCAAAUUCUGCAAUGCCAUGAGAUCACGCAGCAAGAAAAAGGAAGAAACUAUGUAUGAUAGGAUGAGCGAUUGUACGGUACCCUGCUGCCAUCAUUCCCAAAGAGUUUUAUACAAAAAAGUAGUAGCUGUUUUAAUUUCUUUUCUUUUCUGGUGGUAUACAAAGUGUCCUGGAUUAUAAUACGAGUCUGUAUUGAUUGUUUGAUUGGACCAA